AUGGCGCUGCCGGCGCGACCGUGGCAUCAUAUUGUGUUCAACAAGGCGCCGCGCGGGAUCAUUGACCAGGCGGGGGCUGCGCAGUUUUCCGCGCAGGGUCGGGCCGCUGACCGAGGAGUUGAGAAGAUUGAGAACAAGCGGCGUCUACCCAAAGACAAUACUGCCUUUCAGCGCAAUCCCACGACUGUUCCCGCCUGGCGCCCCACGUCGCGCGACGACGCGACGCCCGCAGAGAUGGGCGUCCGGCAGCAGAAGGAGGCGCGGAAAUUGGGCAAACGCUGGAGCAUGACGUGUUUUCUCGACCCAUCUGGUUGGGGCUAUGUGCGCCGGCCCGACGUUGGCGCUGGCGAGCAGUCGACCGGCUGGGCGCAGCGGCCCGCCAUGCAGGAUUGCCUGGAGAAGCCCCCGCAGCUCUCUGACUCCACGGGCGACAUGGAGGUGGAGAUGUUGGAUGGCUGGGGGCCGCUGGAGGACAUUGGCUCCGCGGAGAUCGACGGGCUGCGCUUCGUCGCCGCGACGCGCAGCCAACGCUGGGAGCUGCGAGACAGACCUCCGUUCCAGGCUCCGCGCGAGACAGCCUCGCCCAGAUCCGGCCCUGGCCCCGCCGCGGCCAAGUGCCAGUGCGCGGCGCGGCGGCGGGCCGUGGGCCCCAUGGGCCGAACGCUGGGCGGCGGGCGCCUGCGCGGUCUAACUAACUGCGCGGGGCUCGGGGAGGCAGCCGAGCAGGCAGGGGGUCCCCUCUGCAAGGGGGUGGAGGUUCUCCCGAGGCCUCCCGGGGGCGGGCGGGGCUCGGUCAAGGUCAAGGUCACGGUCACGGCCAGGACGGCUGGAGGGUCUGCCAGGUGCCAGGCGUGCUCGGGCGGUCGCGCGCAGCUCGGCGGGCUCGCGCAGGAGCAGGCGGACGCAGCCCCCCGGCUCCCAGGCCGAGGGCGACGCGGAGGAGGAGGAGGAGCCCGGGGACUCCGCGAUCGGGUCCGACUCGGAGUCGGCGGCGUCCCGGCCGGGCAGCGUGGACUCUCCGCGCGCGCCGCGGACGGCUGCUCUGCCCCCGCCGCGUCCAACGCCGAGGGAGGCAGCCCGUGCAAGUCUCCGGCGUCGGACGGGUGGGUCCAGGAGAAGGAGGGCAACGAGGACGGCCAGCGCCAGAACAGGAUCUUCUUGAGCAUGGACGGGAGAUGGACGUUCGAGCGGUGGCAGGGGAACGCGGCGCCGUUGCCGCCCCCGCCCCCGCCCCCCGGGUGCUCACGCUCCACCCUUGGCUGCGCCGCCGGUGUGGCACUGGGUCAGGCUUCCACCAGGUUCCGCCACUUCCUGGAAGCGGCGGCGCGCCUGUCGCCGGUCUGCUUCCGGCGCGAGCGCGGCCUCGAGUCCCAGGUGCUGAGACUGCUGACGGAACACGUGGCGCCGCUUGCCAGCAGGCCAGAGCCGUCCGAUUGCGUGUUCGCCUUCCUGGUGGAGGAGGAGUUCCAGGCGGUGCUCGGAGAGUUCGGGCCCGCCCUGCGGGGGGUCUUCCGCGGCGCCUCGCGGCAGGCCGACCUCCACGAGGGCGCAGACGAGGAGGCCUGCUCGCGCCCGAAGGACUUCGGAGCUGUUCGUCGGCAGUUUCACGUCGGCGCUCGCCUGGACCAGACCGUUCGGCUGAAGGACGUGCUCAGGCUCCUCGCGGACAACGGCAUGCUGCUUCCCAUGCUGUGCAGCAGCGCCCCGCUGGGCGACGGCACGUCCGAGCGCGUUCUGCCCGAGCCGGCGGCCGCGGAGGACCACGACGGGCUGGCGCCCGUGGAGGCGCUGGCGCCGACGCCGCCCGUGGAGACGCUGCUGAAGGCGGAGCUCGAGGCGACCGACCCUGCGGCGAGCGGGGGCGAGCGGGGGGCGAAGUCGAGGAGCGCCACGAGCGGGGGCGAGGAGUCUUCCCUGCAGGAGCAGCUGCUCGAGGCCGCCGCCGCCGCAGGUGCACAGGAGGCGGCGGAGCCCAGCCCGCCCCCGACCCUGGAGCAGGACCCCACGAUGGCGUCCUGUGACUUCUCCCUCACGGCGGUGGAGGUGCGGCCUGCCGCGGGCGGUCAUGUCGCCCGAGUCCGUCGGCGCCCUCCGCUGGCAAUUGCCGGGCCCCGGCUGCCCGCUUCCCGAGGACUGCGGGGCGGCGGAGCUGGUGCCGGUGCUCGAAUUCUUGGAAGGGGAGCUGAUCUUCCCAGAGUUCCUGCGCCUCCUGAUCAAGGUGGCCGACUACGGCUCGCGCAGCAAUUCCGUGCUCUCAGAGGCCGCGCUCGCCUCGAGGUUCGAGUGCUUCAUGCGGCACGUCUUCCUCCCCAGCCUGCAGGCCCCGUACGCGUCUCCGCGCCUGCGGAGGGAGCGGGCCGCGGAGGCCGCGGCCGCGGCCUCCGAGCUGGCGGCCCCCGAGGCCGCCGCGGAGCAGCAGGCCGCGCAGCCGAGCGAGCCGGCGCCGCAGGAAGACGAGGAGAAGGAGGACAAGAAGAAGGGCGCCAAAGGCGCAGACAAGAAAAAGGACAAGGGCGCCGACAAGGCGAAGAGCAAGGACACCAAGGCCGCAAGGCCGGCCGCCGCCGAGCCCCCGGCGGAGGCCCCCGCGGCGGAGCCCGCCGCGCAGGCGGCGCCCCCCGCGGUUGCCGCCGGUCGGGGGCGCGCAGGAUGACGCACUGGCUCGGCUUCGACGGCCCGGUGCCGGGCCCGCUCCCCGAAGGGGAGCCCGCGGCGCCGGCGCCGGCGCCCCGACGGUGGCCGGCCGCCUACGCGGACGCGGUGUGCCAGUGGUGA